AUGUUGAAAUUAUUCUUUUAUUUUUUAUUCAUUUCUGGACGAUACAUCCAAACCUCUCCAAUCAAGACUAGGAGCUUUAUUUGGAUUUUUAAGGAACAAAACUCAUACAAAAUCUGCAUCACCACUAAAUGCUUUUCAAACUUUUAAAAGCUAUAAAACCAUUCGGAACUUCCUGGACAAACAUGGCCACCAAAGUUUUCUUUCUUUGUAUUGCCAGACAGCCUUAUUCUAACUAGGCACCGUUAUUGAAAAGCUUAUCUGUGGUUAAAUUGUUUAUUGUUCUUCAUAGUAGAACUAGGCCAUGGAUAUGAUUAUGCUAUAUUGGCAUAACUUUGAUAAGACUAGGGCUGUAAAACAACUUAGUGUUAUCUUCUUCUUCCUUCUAAUCGCUGCAGUUGACUAUGUCGCCUCUUCACCUUAUUCAGGCAGCUGCAGCCUUGAUUUUAAACAAUCAACACCUUUAUUUAGUUCAAGUUGUGAAGGAGAUUGGGGAGGGUUUCUAGAGAAAAGCUGUUGUGGAGCAGCAUUUAGUGAGUACCUUUAUGUAUUAGGCCAAAGAGCAAAUCAAACUGGAAAACUAUUUCUGAAUUCCACUGAGCAAGGAAGUUGUCUCGUUUUGCUUACAAGGUUUCGCGGAAACAUCUCUGGUUGUGGGAUUGAGAAGCUAGUUAGUGGGAAUGGUGGCUGUUCUGACUACUCUCUUGAUGAUGUUACCAAUAAAUUGGGAGAUAGAGUUAGAAGUUUAAAUGAAAACUGUGAACUUACAAGUUCUAAAGGAACCUGGGAGAGUUCUUGUGAUUUUUGUGUGAAGAGCUGGGAAGACAUUAGGGGAAUGGAUUCACCAUCUGCAAAACAUGAGCCUGUUAACAUUGAAAAUGAAAUGUGUAGGUUCGCGGUUUUGGUGUCGAUUAUUGGUAGCAGGAUUGAAGAUGUUGGAUAUAUCAGACCCAUUUUCACAUGCCUUGGGGGACAAACACUCAACUCUGGUAUGUUUAUCUUGAAACUUUACACAAAAAUAUUGUUUUCAAAUUGUUUUUUUCAGCUGGUCUGUGUUUUUUGCAUAAUAAAAGAAAGGGAAGACAUAAAGCAUAGUAAGAAGAAUAGCAUUAGAAAAGGUGUAUGGAUUCUGAUUGGUUUCCUAAUAGGAGUUGUAAUGAUGGUAUUGGUUGCUGCAUGCUUCCUGUAUAGAAGAUACUUUAAAUCAAACCUCCCAUCCAAAAACCAUGUGUUCAGGGAUGUCCUUACAAAAGAGCCUGCUUGCCGAAAAGUACCUGUCAAGGAAGUGUAUGCUGCAACAAACAAUCUCUGUGAAUCAAAUGUAAUUGGUGAAGGAACUGCAGGAAAGGUCUACAAAGGGAUACUGUCAAAUAAGCAACCCGUAGCAAUUAAGCACAUCAUUAAUGAUGAAGAUGUUGAAACAUUUGUCAGGGAACUUACUAGCUUAGCACAUAUAAGACACCCGAACCUUGUAGCUUUGCUUGGUUGCUGUGUAAGGAAAGAUGAUGGCUUCCUUAUUUAUGAGCUUUGUCCAAAUGGGAACCUCUCUGAAUGGCUUUUUGGAAGAGAUAAGGUCCUGUCAUGGAUUCAAAGGCUUGAGAUUGCAAUUGAUUGCGCUAGAGCCUUAUGGUUCCUCCAUUCAUGUCCAGAAGGCUGCAUUGUCCACCGUGAUAUCAAGCCAACAAACAUUCUUCUGGGGAAACAUUUUGAAGCAAAGCUAUCGGACUUCGGACUGUCCAAGGUUAUGAGCCUCGGAGAAAGCUUUGUGUGUUCUGAAGUGAGAGGAACUUUUGGUUAUGUUGAUCCUGACUACCAAAGCAACCACCGAGUCAAAUCAUCAGGAGAUGUAUACAGUUUUGGAGUUGUACUUCUUCAGAUCAUCUCAGGCAAGAGAGUUAUCAACAUGAAACUGCGAAGACCAAUGCCAUUGAACAAAAUGGCGAAAGUACUAAGCAGAGAUGGUAAAAUUACUGAAUUUGCUGAUCCUAAACUAGAAGGAGCAUACUCAGCUGAAGCUUUUGUCCUUGUACUUGAGCUGGCUUUGUCAUGCACAGCACUCAAAACACAACGUCCCUCCAUGGAACAGAUUGUUUCAAAGUUAGAAGGGGCCCUUGACAAGUCAACAAGAGCCAAGGUCUCAACUCCUGAAACCACACAACAAAGAAAUGCUUGAAUUCCUUCUUUUACCCAAAAAGAAGAAGAGAGAAACAUGGAGAUUUAAUGAGUGAAUAUGGUCUUAAGACCCAGCUACAUUUAAAAUUUUCCCAUAAAGUUUCUCCUGGAAUUAGCUCCAACUUUGCCUUAGGUUUUUAUUUUCUUAUUUAUGGUUUGAUUUGAUUUGAUUUGAGCUUUGUCUGAACUUGUUUUCAACUGUGAGAGAGAAAUGUACACUGCCAAAUAUUUUAUAUAAUAAGAUAAUAUAUUUUUGGAGGCCUA